CACCUCCCUCCUCCAUCUCUGUGCUCGCCAUGGGUGCCAGCCACUCAAAGUCUGAGUCUGACGAGCAGGUCUUUCGUGUCGAGACCCCCAUCCAAUUCUCGGAGGAUGUCGUGAACGACCUCGUUGACCACUCUGUCUCGCCCGCGCCGUCGCCCGAGCGUCAGAGUAGUAUCGAUGCUCAGAUCCGCUCUCGCAUCCAGGCCGAGCUCCAACACCUGCGCCAGGAGGAAGAGCAUGUCCGCGAAGAAAUCGAGCACGCACUCGAGAAGGAGAACCUCGACCGCGAGCGCGCCAUGGCCGGCGAGGAGUCCGAUGCUGUUGAGAGCGAGGGCGAGACGGGUCGCGUGCGGAGCAGUGCGGCCCUCAUGGGCGACCUCGAGGAGCUCAGGCAGAAGGUCGAGCGGUUCCAGACGCGCAGGGCCCUCCAUGAGUUCCCGGAGGUGCAGGCGAAGAGCGAGGCUGUUAUCAGCUGCUAUAAGUCACAUCCCACGACUACCCUAGACUGCUGGCGGGAAGUGAACGAGUUCAAAAACUCUGUUGCGAAAGUAGAGCAGCAUUACAUAGAUUCCUUGCGUUCGUAGUUACGCUACUCGCGAUCAUUACGGUUCUAUGAGUACAUCACAAGUGAUAGGAGU